AUGAAUCCUUUUAAUAAUAAUUUAGUCGAUGUAGCUAUCGAAGUCAAAGCAAAUAAAACUGUCAAGCUUGUUCCUGCUAUAGUUUGGUACACUCCAAACAUCUGGUGGAUAUCUCUCAAUCGAAGAAUAAAAUGCAAUUUAUCAAGUCCUGUAGAGUGUAAUGUAGUAAGAAUACAAAGUCAACCAGAGCACCCCGAAGCAUACUUGUUCUACGCUGCCGAUAUCAAUAGAUUUCCACUUCCAAGAGAUCCGAAUAUAAUUUGGGGACUGCUGCAUGACGAAUCGCCUAUCAACAGAAUGAUGUUCUUCUAUGAAAAAGCCCUGAAUCUGUUUAAUUAUUCAGCCACCUUCAGUAGAUACAGCGACGUGCCUUUACCAUUGAUGACGUUAAGGGAUUUAGAUUCCAUAACAUCAACGCUAUACUUCGUUGACACACAAACAAAGAAUGUUAAUAUCGACGAACUAGCUCCUGUGUUGUACAUACAAUCCAAUUGCUUCACUGCUACUGAAAGAGAUUUGUAUGUAGAAGAACUAAUGAAAUAUAUUAAGGUUGACGCUUACGGUCAUUGUCUUCACAAUAAAGAGCUACCUUUACAUCCCAUGUAUGUAAACCCUAUAUCAAAAAAAGACUCGUAUUCGUAUAGGUAUCAUUUGUACGGUCAAGAGCUUCUGACUUUUAUGGGGAAAUACAAGUUUGUGAUAGCAAUAGAAAAUGGAAUCUGCAACGACUACGUAACAGAGAAGUUCUGGCGAACAAUAGAAGUUGGCGCAGUGCCUAUCUACUACGGCUCCCCUCUCAUCAGGGACUGGUUUCCUAACAACAAAUCAGCCAUAUUGAUAGAGGAUUUUGCCACACCGGAGCUGCUCAGCCAACACCUACACUACCUUCUAGAAAACGACACGGCAUACGAAGAAUAUCUCGUACACAAAACUUUAGGAGUUAUAGGAAAUCAGAAACUAAUCAAUGAAAUAACAGUUAGACCAUAUCAAAGUAAGCUUGAAAAUGUUGUAAAACAGUUUGAAUGUUUUGUGUGCGAAAGGAUUCACGAAAAACGAACUAAUCCUGCUGUAGUGACAAAGAAACACUUCAACUGCCCUGUUCCAAAAUCGGUGUUGACAAGAACUGAAAAUCGGGAUAGUAUUUGGAUCCAGUUUAUGAAUGGAGCGAGAAUAGAUGUAGAUCGAUUAUAUGAGGAGAUUGGAUCAACAAAUCAUACGCCACGUUGUUCCAAUACUAGUUGGUGGUAG